AUGUAUAAAAUGGAGUAUUCUUACCUAAAUUCCUCUGCCUACGAGUCAUGUAUGGCCGGGAUGGACACGUCGAGCUUGGCAUCGGCCUAUGCGGACUUCAGUUCGUGCAGUCAAGCCAGUGGGUUUCAGUACAAUCCCAUCAGGACCACUUUCGGGGCCACCUCCGGCUGUCCGUCUCUCACGCCGGGGUCCUGCAGCCUGGGGACCCUACGGGACCACCAGAGCAGCCCGUACGCCGCAGUUCCCUACAAACUCUUCACGGAUCACGGCGGACUGAACGAGAAGAGAAAGCAGAGGCGCAUUCGGACCACUUUCACCAGCGCCCAGCUGAAGGAGCUGGAGCGGGUUUUUGCUGAAACACACUACCCGGACAUCUACACCAGAGAGGAGCUGGCACUCAAAAUCGAUCUGACUGAAGCCAGAGUUCAGGUGUGGUUUCAAAACCGGCGCGCCAAGUUCCGCAAGCAGGAGCGGGCAGCUGCAGCGGCCGCAGCGGCAGCCAAGUCCAACUCCGGGAAGAAGUCCGACCCCAGAGACGAAGACAUCAAAGACACCAAAUCUACCGACCCCGAUAGCACAGGAGGACCGGGCCCGAACCCCGUGCCCACCUCCAACUGCGGCGGACCGAGCCCCACCGGAGGCCAAGUCAACACCACCGGGAACGGACAGGUGGAUCAAGUGAAGAACUCCGUGUCCACCGGCAUGGGGGUGACAGCACCGAGCCAAGGCUGGGCUCCUGCCCCGGGGACCAUCACCUCCAUCCCGGACUCAUUGGGCGGGCCAUUCGCCAGCGUACUGUCGUCUUUGCAAAGACAGAACGGAGCCAAACCUACAUUAGUAAAGACCAGCAUGUUCUAA